AUGGAUUGGCUCUUCUUCAGAAACUUUUGCCUUUUGAUCGUUCUAGUGGUGGUGAUGGAAGUAAACAGUGAAUUUAUUGUUGAGGUGAAGGAAUUUGACAUUGAAAAUGGCACUACAAAAUGGCAAACAGUCAGACGACAAAAGCGGGAGUGGAUCAAGUUUGCCGCAGCCUGUCGAGAAGGAGAGGACAACUCGAAGAGGAACCCCAUUGCCAAAAUUCGAUCAGACUGCGAAUCGAACCAGAAGAUUACAUACCGAAUUUCUGGAGUAGGGAUUGAUCGACCACCAUAUGGGGUAUUUGCCAUUAAUCCUCGCACUGGGGAAAUUAACAUCACUUCAGUGGUAGACAGAGAGAUAACUCCACUUUUCUUGAUCUAUUGCCGGGCUCUGAAUUCACGGGGUGAAGACUUAGAAAGGCCUCUUGAGCUUAGAGUCAAAGUUAUGGACAUAAAUGAUAACGCUCCAGUCUUUUCACAAAGUGUAUACACAGCCAGUAUUGAAGAAAAUAGUGAUGCCAAUGCACUGGUAGUAAAGUUAUGUGCCACAGAUGCGGAUGAAGAAAAUCAUCUGAAUUCUAAAAUUGCCUACAAGAUCGUCUCUCAGGAGCCGUCAGGUGCACCCAUGUUCAUUCUGAAUAGGUACACUGGAGAGGUCUGCACCAUGUCCAGUUUCUUGGACAGGGAGCAACACAGUAUGUACAACCUAGUUGUGAGAGGCUCAGAUCGGGAUGGAGCUGCAGAUGGACUGUCUUCUGAGUGUGACUGUAGAAUCAAGGUUUUAGAUGUCAACGAUAAUUUCCCCACCUUAGAGAAAACCUCAUACUCAGCCAGUAUUGAAGAGAAUUGUUUAAGUCCGGAACUGAUACGAUUACAAGCAAUUGAUCUUGAUGAAGAAGGCACCGAUAAUUGGUUGGCGCAAUAUUUAAUUCUCUCUGGAAAUGAUGGGAAUUGGUUCGAUAUUCAAACAGACCCACAAACCAAUGAAGGCAUUUUGAAAGUUGUCAAGAUGCUGGAUUAUGAACAAGCACCUAAUAUUCAGCUUAGUAUCGGAGUUAAAAACCAAGCUGAUUUUCACUACUCUGUUGCUUCUCAAUUCCGAAUGCACCCAACCCCUGUGAGAAUUCAGGUUGUUAAUGUGAGAGAAGGACCUGCAUUUCAUCCAAGUACUAUGGCUUUUAGUGUGAGGGAAGGAGUAAAAGGAAGUUCUUUAUUGAAUUAUGUGCUUGGCACAUAUACCGCCAUAGAUUUGGACACAGGAAACCCUGCAACAAAUGUCAGAUAUAUCAUAGGGCAUGAUGCAGGCAGCUGGUUAAAAAUUGAUUCAAGAACUGGUGAGAUACAAUUUUCUAGAGAAUUUGACACGAAGUCAAAACAUAUUAUCAAUGGGGUAUACACAGCAGAGAUCCUGGCUAUAGAUGAUGGCUCUGGAAAAACAGCUACAGGAACCGUAUGUAUUGAGGUUCCUGAUAUCAACGAUUACUGUCCAAACAUUUUUCCUGAAAGAAGAACCAUCUGCAUUGACUCCCCAUCAGUCCUUAUCUCUGUUCAUGAACAUUCUUAUGGGUCUCCCUUUACUUUCUGUGUUGUUGAUCAGCCACCAGGUACAGCUGACAUGUGGGAUGUCAGAUCAACAAAUGCUACCUCAGCAAUCCUUACGGCUAAGCAGGUUUUAUCUCCAGGAUCUUAUGAAAUCCCAAUCCUGGUGAAGGACAGUUAUAACAGAGCAUGCGAAUUGGCACAGAUGGUGCAGUUAUAUGCCUGCGACUGUGAUGACAACCACAUGUGCCUGGACUCUGGUGCCACGGGCAUCUACACAGAGGACGUAACUGGUGACACGUAUGGGCCUGUCACUGAAGACCAAGCUGGAGUUUCAAAUGUUGGUCUUGGACCAGCAGGGAUAGGCAUGAUGAUUCUGGGCAUCCUGCUACUGCUUUUGGCUCCACUCUUGCUGCUACUGUGUUGCUGCAAACAGAGACAGCCUGAAGGCCUGGGAACAAGAUUUGCUCCUGUGCCUGAGGGCGGAGAAGGAGUGAUGCAGUCUUGGAGAAUUGAAGGGGCCCAUCCGGAGGACAGGGAUGUGUCAAAUAUAUGUGCACCCAUGACAGCCUCAAAUACCCAGGAUCGGAUGGAUUCCUCUGAAAUCUACACCAACACCUAUGCAGCCGGGGGCACGGUGGAAGGAGGUGUAUCGGGAGUGGAGCUCAACACAGGGAUGGGGACAGCCGCUGGCCUCAUGGCCGCAGGGGCCGCAGGAGCCGCAGGAGUCGCAGGAGUCGCAGGGGCCGCAGGGGCCGCAAGGAAGAGGAGCUCUACCAUGGGAACCCUGCGGGACUACGCUGACUCCGACGUCAACAUGGCUUUCUUGGACAGCUACUUCUCGGAGAAAGCAUAUGCUUAUGCAGAUGAAGAUGAAGGUCGACCAGCCAAUGACUGCUUGCUCAUUUAUGACCACGAGGGAGUAGGGUCUCCCGUAGGUUCUAUUGGUUGUUGCAGUUGGAUUGUGGAUGACUUAGAUGAAAGCUGCAUGGAAACUGUAGAUCCAAAAUUUAGGACUCUUGCUGAGAUCUGCUUAAACACAGAAAUUGAACCAUUUCCUUCACACCAGGCUUGUAUACCGAUCAGUACUGACCUCCCUUUGCUCGGACCUAAUUACUUUGUCAAUGAAUCUUCAGGAUUGACUCCCUCAGAUGCUGAAUUCCAAGAAGAAGUGGCAGCAUCUGAACCCGUUGUUCAUGGGGAUAUUAUUGUAACUGAGACUUACGGUACUGCUGAUCAAUGUGUGCAACCCACUACAAUUAUUUUUGAUCCUCAACUUGCACCCAGUGUUGUAGUAACCGAAGCAGUAAUGGCACCUGUCUAUGAUAUUCAAGGGAAUAUUUGUGUACCUGCUGAGUUAGCAGAUUACAACAAUGUAAUCUAUGCUGAGAGAGUACUGGCUAGUCCUGGUGUGCCUGACACGAGCAAUAGUAGCAUGACUGAUGGUUGUAUGGGACCUGUGAUGAGUGGCAAUAUUUUAGUAGGGCCAGAAAUUCAAGUGAUGCAAAUGAUGAGUCCAGACCUUCCCAUAAGCCAAACUGUUGGCUCCACAUCCCCAAUGACAUCACAACACACAGUAACACGAUACAGUAACAUACAUUACACCCAACAGUAAGUGCUUUAUAGUCAGU